AUGGCCGCGCCGCAAGCACAAGUCCAGCCUUGCCGGUACAAGACUGGCAAAACACUAGGAGCUGGCUCGUACAGCGUGGUGAAAGAAUGUGUGCAUAUUGACACUGGUCGCUACUAUGCCGCCAAGGUUAUCAACAAGCGACUCAUGGCUGGGCGGGAACAUAUGGUUCGAAAUGAGAUUGCCGUCCUGAAGAGAGUUUCAAUGGGACACCAGAACAUCCUGACAUUGGUUGACUACUUUGAAACGAUGAAUAAUUUAUAUCUCGUCACAGAUCUGGCUCUAGGCGGCGAACUGUUUGAUCGCAUAUGCCGAAAAGGAUCUUACUAUGAAUCCGACGCCGCAGACCUUAUUCGAGCCACCUUGUCCGCCGUCGCAUAUCUUCACGAUCAUGGAAUUGUACAUCGCGAUUUGAAGCCCGAGAACCUGCUUUUCAGAACCCCAGAAGAUAACGCCGAUUUGCUCAUUGCAGACUUUGGUCUUUCUCGCAUCAUGGACGAGGAGCAAUUCCAUGUCUUGACUACGACUUGUGGUACCCCGGGAUACAUGGCGCCUGAGAUCUUUAAGAAGAGUGGUCAUGGCAAGCCAGUCGAUGUAUGGGCCAUUGGUGUCAUUACAUACUUCUUGCUUUGCGGAUAUACUCCAUUCGAUCGCGACAGCAAUCUAGAAGAGAUGCAGGCGAUCUUGGUUGCAGACUAUAGCUUUACACCUCUUGAAUACUGGCGCGGCGUCAGCCUGACUGCUCGGCAGUUUAUCAAGAGAUGUCUUACAAUCGACCCCACGAAGCGCAUGACAGCACAUGAAGCGCUUUCGCAUGAAUGGAUAGCAGGGCCAGAAAGUGGUCGCGGCGAGGAGGACCUGUUGCCAACAGUCAAGAAAAAUUUCAACGCGAGAAGGACAUUACACAAAGCUAUCGACACUGUACGUGCCAUCAACCAAUUGCGAGCAGGCGGCAUGGCCAUGAUGGACGGCGCAUUAGCCACGAACCCAGAGCGCGUCAAACCUAAAGAUGAGGACGUGGACAUGGCAGAUGCUUCUCAGCCAUCCGCGAUAGCCUUUGAUCCGCGAAGCCAUGCCAAAGGCCAGACGCAGGAGCAAAUUGAUGAGCAGCAGCGUAGGACGCAACAAACAAUUGCCGGACUCUGGCAGAGUAAAGUAAAUGGACAAGCCACAUAA